AUGAUUCGUUCCUAUAAUCGAUAUCCCAAUAGGGCAUCAAGUGGUUCCUAUCGAUAUUCACAAGCACAAAAUAAUGCUCGACGAUAUCCUAGGCCACAGUUCUCCAACCGGCAAAUGAUGUACCGUCCAAUGAAUUAUGCAUCGGCGCCGCCAGGUCAACGCCCUGGCUUCUUCGGCGCAAUUCUUGCUGCAUUAUUCGGCCUCAAUAGUAGUCGACCAGUUGCGAGACCACCAUAUAAUAAUUAUAAUGCGGGUAGAGGAGUAUCGCCAGGCAAUAUCGGUGGUGGUGGCGCAGGAUACGGCGGACCUGCAGGAUGUGGUGGACCUGCAGGAUGUGGUGGACCUGCAGGAUGUGGUGGACCUGCAGGAUGCGGUGGCGGCGGUGGUGGAUGUGGUGGUGGAGGCGGUGGCGGUGGUGGAUGUGGUGGUGGUGGUGGAGGCGGUGGCGGUGGCGGUGGUGGAUGUGGUGGUGGCGGCGGCGGUGGCGGUGGUGGAUGUGGUGGCGGUGGCGGUGGCGGUGGUGGAUGUGGUGGCGGCGGCGGUGGCGGUGGUGGAUGUGGUGGCGGCGGCGGUGGCGGCUAA